GAAAGUCCUACUAAGGUGUUUUCUUAAUAAUUCUAUUAGUUUCUUUAUUUGCCAUUGGGGAGUGUACUUACCGGCUAGGCCAUGGAAGGAAUCCUCCAUGGUGUUGUUACGCCCAAACUAACUACAUCCGUACAUGUAUAGUGCUGCAGUUGGGCUAUCCCAACUAUUGUUGGGCAAUCUCUUUAGAAAAUUUCUCAACCUUCUGCGAGUUUAUGCAGCUCGCACCAAACGUAAUUCGUCUAAAAUAUGGAAAUUCGUCAUAAAAACUCAUUCCUGCAAGCAUGAGUCGGAAACAAAAUGUCUUGGUUUAUGCUUUAGCACAUAUAUACAUGUACAUGUAUGCACACACUGUGCUGUAGUUGGGCCAGCUUACGUCAUGCACAUGCAUGUACUCUUGCAUAAAUAUGAUUAACAGAUGUUAACACAAGGAUGUUCAUAUAAAAGUACAGUUAGGGUCCUUUUUUGCCAAAGAGAAAUUUACACGUUCAUGAGGGCCCCAAAAUACAAUGUCGAUCAUUCUGGUCCUAAAAACAAGAGAUAGGGGCCUGCACUUGCAUAGAUACAAAUUAUUUUCAUAAUGAUUCAGUGUACCCUGGUGAAAUUGACAACAGCGAGAAAGGUCCAGUGGCAUAGGGCUAUUUUUUUUCAAAUGAAACAACUAGCUCGUCAAAUGGUACAAGCUGUGAGCAUAAAUAAGACUGUUGAACCGGUUUGCUUCACCUUAAAAAAUUAUAAUAGACACAUCCUUUUCUUAAAUUUCCAAUUUCACCUGUUCUCCCAAAUUUCCCCCCCCCCCCAAAAAAACACAGUAGUGUCACGCCAUCAAAAUAGGGUAGAUUUGGAACAGUCACCACAACUACAUGUAUUUAAGGGGGAAGAGCUGAACUUAUAGAAAGUGAUGUUAUCUUCAACUUCAGGUUUAGCAAUUUAGCUUAAACUCAGUUGUAGCUGACUUGUUAAACAUCCAAGAUGGGGGAGAUGUUACACCAAAAUGGACUUAUUGAAGGUCAGCUAAAUAUCAUUUUAGAAACAUUUUUAGAGCAAGCCACCCCAAACUCCCUUGAAAAAUUUCACCUGAACUGGUUCCUGUAUUUCUAUCAAAUAUAGUUCAUUCAGCUUAGGAAAAACUGAAAUUGUUUGAGGGAACAUUUUGAGGUCAUAUUUUCAAUACCUGUUGGUGUUUACAAAGCUCCAGAAUUGUGGUGGUCGGAUAUGGAGCUCUUUCCUUAAUUUUGACAAAUCUCAAAGUUUGCAAUAACCUUUCCUUGACUUGUUCCUCAUAUUGAACAUUUUAUGAAACACCAGCAGAAGCACAAGUUGUCUGCACUUGUCGUGCACCCAGAUCGUGAGCACACUAAAGUUGUGACCAUUGUUCAGCUGUUCCUGUAAGAAAUGCAAGUCACCAUCAGACGUCUUCAGUUGAUGUGCUGGGUGUAGUGAAGUCACUUCAAUCAACCCUCAUUUGACUCUGCGAAAAUAGUGUAAGUGUUAAACCAUGGGUUGUAUGCAGUUUGUGCAUCGUAUGCUGGUUGCGGUAACGGUUGAGCCACUAGCCGUGAUGACCAUGACCGCAGUGUUUUUUCUGACCCAAGGCAACCAGCAAUUUGUCUACUUCAAACUUUGCAUGAUUGCCUACAACGAGACAAGUCUCUGCAGCAACCUGAGUGCACACCCACAUGCCGAGGACAGGAUCCAGGCCGAGACGUCCCGCUGGCUUCUGUACAUUGAUAUCAUCUGUUACACACCCACCCUAUUCACCAUGCUCAUUUUGGGGGCAUGGUCCGACCGCAUUGGGCGCAGACCUCCGCUGAUCCUGGCCUGCAUCGGUAGCACCGUCCUCGGAACCAUGUUGUUGGUAUCGGCUCUCUGGAUCCAUCUGCCUAUGCCACUCGUUCUUAUCGGCUGGGCGUGCUUUGGGUUGACCGGCAGUAACGGCAUACUGCUGAGUAUGAUGUUCAGCUAUGUUGCUGACAUCUCCACCAUCGAGAACCGGGUGAUGCGUAUAGCAAUUCUAGAAGGUGCGGUUGCUUUCUCAUCAGUUACAGGCGUGGCUAUAGCAGGCCUGCUUACCAACAGUCACUCCUUCCAACUGCUGUUCGGUCUUUUCAUUGUACUCUUCCUUCUCGCGAUGUUAUACACUGUUUUCCACUUAAAAGAAACACGCAACACAAGUCCAUCAAAAAUUGAAACGUCUGAAAGCAGUAGUCACUCUGACAGUGAGGCAGAUCCAUUGUUAAACACGCAAGAAAGAAAUUUUUAUGAGGGACCUACAAGGAAUUUGCCAGAAGAAGGAGGGCAUGCCAGCAAAGGACUAUGUGGCAAACUCUUCCAGCGUGAAACCUUGUUUGGGUCCUUUGUGGCAUUGGCACGGAAGCGGCCGGGUUACAGAAGAGCAGUUCUCAUACUCCUGUUGAGCUGCUUUUUUCUUCUCAACUCCAACUAUUUUGGUUUCAUUAAUGUUUUCGUACUUUACACAACGAAGGCGCCCAUAGAGUGGACCCCCUUAAUGACAGGGAGCUGUUCCGCUGUUGUUGCCCUCAGCAACAUCGUGUUGCUGCUCACUGUCAUCCCGGUCACCAGACUGGUAGGCAUCGAUGUCCGAACUGUCGCCGGCAUGGCUAUCGUGAUGCUUGGCAUCGGGUUUGUCACGAUGGCAUUUGCUAGAUCAACUCCAGCCGUCUGGUUGGCGACAGUGCCAUUGUACUUUUUUGAGUUGGUCAUUACAAUUUACCGCGGAAUGAUGUCUAUGCUGGUUUCACCUGACGAGCAAGGUAGUGCAUUCGCCCUGUUAGACAUCAUGGGCACCGUGGCUCACCUCUUUGCUUCAGCAGUCUUUGACAAUCUCUACCCAGCCACACUGCACAUUAUGAGCGGGGGCGUUAGCUUCCUUGUCAUGUGUGGCAUCGAAGUGGCGCAGCUCUGCCUCUUUCUAUGGUCCAUGUUUCUACAGAAAUGCCAUCGGGCCUAGCCGAGUUGUGCUGUCAGAGACUCUAACUUUGCGUCCUUGUGGUGGAGGUGCCAUUAAGCUCGUUGGCCGAGGUGGAAUUCCUCCAUAGUAUUUUGUGCACGGAAUGCAUUCAGUGACUUGUCAACUUCCACUUGAUGGAAACGAAUAACUUUGAAGACAUAUCCCCUUCUGGUCACUAUACAUACAUCUGUUUAGGAAUUACAAAUGAAAGUUUUAUCAUUCCUCAAAAAACAAACUUGAGCAAAGGGUAUGCUUUCACUCUGACACUAGACCAUACCCACUGGGAAGCCAUUUUUUCCUAUCUUGUUCCCUGAAUCUAUCACAUGCAAUUUAAUUUGUUAAUGGGGUGGUGCCAGACUGUUUUGGGUUACAACCCUCACUUUCAGUUUUUUAAAUACUGCUUAAAAUAUUGAGAUAUGAUUUAUCACAAAGUUUGAAUUAUUCUAAACAAAAGUUAUCUCAUCACUGUUAUGUGAACUUUAAUGUUCCAAAAUGAAAAGUUUUACCUCGCUUUCAAUUCAAGAUUGCCGACAUACACAGCCUGCCUGUAUGUUUCACAUGGAUCUGGAUCUCGAUUAGUGAUUCCAAUGUUGGUUUAUACUACCAAGAAGGCAGGAUCCAGUGUUAGGGAACCAACUUCAGAUCACUGAUUGCGAUGCGAAUCCAUGCAAAACAAUCUAUUGCAGGGUCGUGAGAUUUGAAAUUCUCACUCUCUUUGAAAGAAAGUGCAAGUUGUUCUUCAUAUCCAUGUUUAGUGUCGCCAUGAGUAAUCUGGACUGAAAUAUUUUUGUAAGACUAAUUUAUAGGAAUGGUUUAUACAUAGCAUACUUAAUAAAUAUCACCAUCUGGUGUAAAAGGAUAUUUUUGUAAGGCUGUAAAUGUUUGUGGAAUGUUAUAUUUCACACAUGGAACUGUUUUAUCUUUCUACAUAUAGAUUACUUGUGAAAUAUGUAUAAUCUAAUACAUGCCUAGGUCUUGGUAUAUGAAUAAGUAGAUGCGGUGCACGUACUGGUAUGCUAUAAUUGGUAUUCCUAACAAUUUAUUGAUAGUUUUAUUUUUGUAGACAUGAUAGCAUUAAACACAUUUUGGAGGUAUUCAUCAA